CUUUCUCUCUCUCUCUCGCGCACGCUCUCUAUUCACCUCUCUUUCUAUCAGGAAACCUUUUACUUAGACUGUUUAUCACUGUUUGUAUUUGAAAUCUAGCAGACUUGGCAGGCGGGGGCUGUGAUAACACCUAGACAUCUCCCUAGUUGUAUAAAGAGACAGAGACAGACAUGGGGCUUCAGUCAGUGGUAGCUCUCUCUCGCUCUCUCUCUUUUUCUCGCUCUCUCUCUAUCUGCAGUCUGUCACACUUGUUGUAGCUGCAGAAUGUAGGCCAAAGGUUACAGACUGGAGGCUCAGCAGUGCCAGUGAGAGCAGCAGUGUCUUCCUGUUUUGUGCAACUGUACAGCAUGUAUAAGUCCUCUUAUCGCAUGCUUUGGAUUUGAAAACAGAAUGACUGGUUCUUGAGUGUCAUGGCGAAGCAUAAUGAUCCCGAAUUGAGGUUCAAUAAGUUUGCCCAGCAGGAGAUGGGUCUGGUCCAGCCUGUCCCUGUGCCAAGCACCCAGACCAGGGGACAGUGGUCCAGCAAGCUGGAGUUCCUCCUGGCUGUGGCCGGACAGAUCAUAGGCCUGGGGAAUGUAUGGAGGUUCCCAUAUCUGUGCUACAAAAAUGGAGGAGGGGUGUUCUUCAUCCCUUAUGUGCUCUUCCUGUUCACCUGUGGCAUUCCACUCUUCCUCCUGGAGACCUCCCUGGGCCAGUACACCACGCAGGGCAGCAUCACCUGCUGGAGGAAGAUCUGCCCCCUGUUUGAAGGACUGGGUUAUGGUAGUCAGGUGGUGGUUCUAUAUUCCAGCAUCUACUACAUCAUCAUCCUAGCGUGGGCCUUCUUCUACCUCUUCUCCUCAUUCAGCUCUGAGCUCCCCUGGGCUAGAUGUAGAAACAGCUGGAACACAGCAACCUGCAUGGAGUUUGACAGAAGAGUAGUGGGACAUCUAAACUGGACAGUAGCAGGAAACGCAACAUCGCCAGUGAGAGAGUUCUGGGAGAGAAGAGUUUUGAAUCUAACAGACAGUCCAGACAAGCUAGGCAAUGUUCGCUGGGAGCUGGCUCUGUGUCUUCUACUGUCAUGGAUUCUCUGUUACUUCUGUGUCUGGAAAGGAGUGAAGUCUACUGGGAAGGUGGUCUACAUCACUGCCACCUUCCCCUAUUUGAUGCUGGUGGUGUUGCUAGUCCGUGGACUCACACUGCCGGGGGCAAUAGAUGGUAUCAAGUUCUACCUCUACCCAGACCCAGCCCGCCUCGCUGACCCACAGGUGUGGAUGGAUGCUGGAACACAAAUCUUCUACUCCUAUGCUAUCUGCAUCGGCUGUCUGACUGCUCUUGGCAGCUACAACAAGUAUGACAACAACUGUUACAAGGACUGUGUGUACCUGUGCCUUUUGAACAGCGGAACCAGCUUUGUGGCUGGCUUUGCUAUCUUCUCUGUACUGGGCUUCAUGGCUUAUGAACAAGGGACAGACAUCUCAACCGUGGCCGAAUCAGGUCCUGGCCUGGCGUUCAUCGCCUACCCUCGUGCCGUGGCCAUGAUGCCAGUACCCCAACUCUGGGCCAUCUUCUUCUUCAUCAUGAUCAUCCUACUGGGGUUAGACAGUGAGUUUGUAGGUCUGGAGGCUUUGAUAACAGCUAUCUCAGACAUGUAUCCCUCCUUCUUCCUGGUUGGCCAUCGGCGUAAAAUCCUCCUCAUCAUCAUCAGUGUGGGUAGCUUCUUCAUCGGCCUGGUCAUGGUCACAGAGGGUGGCCUGUAUAUCUUCCAGCUGUUUGAUUACUAUGCCUGCAGUGGGAUGACUCUCCUUCUCUUCGCUAUACUACAGUCAGUGUGUAUCAGCUGGGUUUAUGGUGCAGACCGUCUGUACGAUAAUAUAGAGGACAUGAUCGGUUAUCGACCAUUACCCCUCAUUAAGUACUGUUUGAAGUAUGUUACUCCAGUCAUCUGCACUGCUACAUUAGUCUUCUCCUUGAUCAAGUUUACCCCGCUGAAGUUCAACAACACCUUUCAGUAUCCUUGGUGGGGUUACGCCAUUGGCUGGUGGUUCACUCUCUCCUCCACACUCAUGGUUCCGCUAUGGAUGGUGUACAUCGUGAGCAUCACUCCUGGUACACUGCGACAGAGACUGUCCAUCCUCACCACGCCCUCAGAGGAUCUCCCCAUGACCAAGGCCCAGAAGAAGGCCCUCCUGGCCAAGCAGUCAGAGCAGGACAGACCCCUGGGGGACAUGGAGAUACCAGCCUGGGGCAACAACCUCCUUGACAGAGACACUGGCCCCCUGUAGACUCUCUCGCUCAGCCACCAUCUCUACAGGACUAGAGAUAAGCAGGUCCAGCAAGUCUCUCACUCUCCCAAAGGUCCUGACAUAAACAAUACAUAUACUUUCCGUUGUGUAACAGAGGCUUAUGUGACCCUUCACUUGGUCUGAGUGGAUUAGAAAAGUAUACUACAGAAUAUAAUCCACCCCAUGCCUUUUUAUAAUAAAAAAAUUAUAUGCCAUUUAGCAGACGCUUUUAUCCAAAGCGACUUACAGUCAUGCGUGCAUACAU